UUAUUAUUGUCAAAGCGUGACAAAUCAGAAUACUAAUUUGUAAAUAAUAUACUACACUAUAUUCCUCUACCAUUGCUUUACAAGAGAACAAUAAGUUAAUGUGCUGAUAAACACAUAAAGGACUAAAGAAUGGCGCAGCCGGCAACAUCGCAAGUCCCGAUCGUGGUAACAAAAGACGAAUGGGGACGGAUUUUGAAAUGGACGGACACAAACCGAGAGGAUCCGGAAGUCAUUCGGCGGCGGGAAUACCUGAAAUACCUGAACGAUACCAGCGCUAAGAUGACCAAGAACUGGCCCAACUCUUUAGAGAACGUAAACAAGCGCAACGAAGAGGUCCGGCGCGCGCGCAUCGAGGCGGCCGAGAACGCCAACAGCAAGUUCUACAAGCGCUACGUGAAGCGCAAGCGCGAGGAGCAGCAGCGGCUCAUGUACAGCGCAAGAGACACCGUCUUCAAGAACAAGGACGCGCCUAAACUUCUUCUCAGCGCUGUCGUCGAAUCAUGUGUGCUAAAAGAAAGAGAAGAGCAGAUAAAGUUCGACAAAGAGUUCAUACACAAAUACAAUGCGGAGCAGAAGCGGUUGAAUGACGAAGACAUCACGCGCAGGGCCAAGGAGUGGAACGACAUGAUGGAUGAACGCAAAAAGAAGCGGUUCCAGGUCAAUAAACAGCACCAGAAAGAGUUGCUUGAACAAGCGGCGGAGGUGGCCGAGCGAGAGCGUAAGCAGCACGAGGAGGAGCUGAGCAUGCAGCGGCAGGAUAUCAUCAACUCCAACAAGGAAAUGAAGGCCAUUAAAAAGUUUGAGACGGAAUUUAAAGAAGCAGAAAAAGCCCGGAUUUGGGCAGACAACAAGCGUUCGAUGGACGAGUUACAGGCGUUGCGCAACGAGAUGGCGGCGCGAGACAAGAUGGACGACAAACUGAUCGACGUGCUGUUGCGCUCGCGCUGUCGCAUCGAGGCUAAGAGGAAGGCAACGGAGAAGGAGAUUCGCGAUGAGAAGCUGCGAGUGCUGGAUGCCAUCAGCAAGAAGUUAGAGUCGGGUGACGCGGCGCGAGAUGCGCGGGAGCAGGCCAGCCUGGAGAAAGCCAAGAAGGAGAGGGACGCUGCGGUGGAUGCUCGCCACAAGGCACAAGAGGACAAGGAGGCGAAACACAACAAAGAGAAGAGGGAUAUCCACGAACAAUUCCUACGGGACCAGGCUCAGAAGCUACACGACGAGCAUAAUAUGAUGCAUUGGGAACUUAUGAACAGGUUCAAGAAUCAAGAAAUCUAUGAGGAUUACAAGGAGCAACUGCGUUUGGAGAAGGAGCGCAAGAUCAAGGAAUACCGGGAGAACAUCUUAGCUCAAUGGAAAGAGCGCGAUGAACGCGACGCGCGCGAGAAGGCAGAGACGCGGUACUUCUAUGGAGCCCUGGCGAUGCAGAAGCUUCGAGACGCUGACAACAAGCUGCUGACACACGCCGCUGCCUUGUUGAAGGAGGCCAGGGACCACGGCCGACCCACGCUGCCCAUACAAAAGGCUAUUCAGCGCUACUGCUCGAUGUACCGGCUGUAUCCGAUGCCGGACCUGCCAGCGUCACUCCAAGAGCACUUCCAGUCGUACGCGCCGUGGGACGGGUCCAAGCCGGACCGCGACUACCGCGAGCCGGCGCCGCCGCCGCCCGACCGCGGGCCCGACGCGCCCGACGACGGGGACGACGCGCGCUGCGGGUUGCAGGACCUUGUCAAGGUUCCACAGAAGGGUGGAAAACAAGAGAAGCCUGCAGCAACUGCCGUGAAGAAGGCGGAGGCGCCAGCGGAAGACUACAAGCGACAGGGGCCCGCCAAUGGGCUGCAAAGGCGACCUGACCAGGAGAAUGUAGUUCUGCCGCCGAUAGAAGCCCAGAAGAUCCCCUGUCGCAACGACGACUGCCUAUGCAACAUCAAGUACGGUUAAAUGAAACAACAAAUAUACAAAAUAUUAACUUUUAUUUACUUUUAUCAACUUUAGAACGUGUUUGUCUAUUUAUAGAGAGCGUUUAUGGCACGGUGUGAUUUUAAACUAUUUUAGUGUGACUAGAAACAUGUGAAUGUUGAAUUUCGUAAAUUUUGUCGUGAAUACAGACAGUAAUACAAUAAAGAACAACGUCCUAAAUGUCCUAAUCGGUGUUUUCUUACAACGAAUACUAAUUUAGAAGUAAAUCUAGCACUUACUAAAUAAAAUCUUUGGUCACAUUGAGUGUAGAUUAGUCAACUUUCAGAAACAAAUUCCGUACUUAUAUUAUUAUUAUUAUAAAAAUGCCAUCGAAACUGCUCAAAUUAUUAUACUUUUUAAU